AUGGCCAAGCCGUCCACGAUCUCUUUCAGCGGUACUGAAGCAGAUACCGACGCCGAAAGUUUACGACAAUGUGAGAGAUAUGUAGAAGAACACAACCUACAAGCUGUCUUAAAGGAGAGCAUAGUACAACUUUGCAUAUCGCAACCGAACAACCCUUUCAGCUUUUUGCGAGACCACUUUGAGAAUUUAUCGAUGAAAAAGAAGCAAUUACAAGGGCAGUCUAGCAGUGAAGACAGCAAAGAUAGAGAUGAAGAACCAACUACAGAACCAGCUUCAACUGGUAGGAGACGAAGAGGUGGUGUUAGUGGUGCUGUAAUUAACGAAGAUGAUGCUGCAACAUAUGUUAAGAAGGUUGUACCCAAAGACUUUAAGACCAUGCAAGCUUUAUCAAAAGCGAUAGAAAAGAAUAUCUUAUUUUCACAUCUGGAUGAUAACGAAAGAAGUGAUAUUUUUGACGCUAUGUUUCCAUGUGAAAGUAAGCCUGGUGACAUCAUCAUCAGACAAGGUGAUGAGGGCGACAAUUUCUACAUAAUGGAUUCUGGAGAAGUUGAUGUUUAUGUCGGUGACAAAUUGGUUGCUACUUUGGGUGAUAUGGCAAGCUUUGGUGAAUUAGCAUUGAUUUAUGGAACACCUAGAGCUGCUACCAUUAAGGCUAAGACUGAAUGCAAAUUAUGGGCAAUUGAUAGCGACAGUUAUCGUCAUAUCCUCAUGGGAAGUACAAUGCGAAAGAGGAAAUUAUAUGAAUCCUUCUUAGAGAAAGUUUCCAUUUUAGAAUCUUUGGAUCAAUGGGAACGUCUCACUGUAGCAGACUCUUUAGAACCUGCACAGUUUGAAGAAAACGAGAUUGUUAUCCAACAAGGUGAUCCUGGCGAAGAUUUCUUUAUUAUUUUAGAAGGAAAAGCCGUUGUACUACAACGAAAACCAGGUGAUACUGAAUACGUCGAAGUUGGAGAGUUAGGACCGUCAGACUACUUUGGUGAAAUUGCUCUUUUAUUGAAACGACCACGUGCAGCUACAGUUAAAGCAGCAAGCACCCUGAAAUGUGUCAAACUGGAUAGAGCAAGAUUUGAACGUGUUCUUGGCCCUUGUGGAGAUAUUCUUAAGCGCAACAUUGAAAAAUAUAAUAGUUAUGUAUCACUCUUUGUGUAG